ACGUGUAACGAUAAGGGAGAAGAAGAUCAAAGAUGGAAGGUAACUUAUUGAAAUAAGUCCUUGUUUAGUUUUAUAGGCUAGGGGAAAAGAAAUGUCUUUAUAAAAAUGACUGGACUGCUUGUCAAAAAGUGUUAAAGGAUUUUUUGGUGGGGAGAGGGGGUGGGAGAUGGUUUCCAGGUUAUUUUAUUUUUUUGAAAUAUCGACUUCAAGUGACGGCAGUGUCUUUAACAAUUUUGUGUCUCCCUGUAGAGCUGUAUUCGUAGGCUAAUAUAGGAUAUGCAGUUUGGAAACAUUUACUUCAAACAGUUGUUAGAACUUUGGUCACGAUUGUUCUGAGGUUCUUGACUUAAGCAAAGCACCUUGGGCGUCACAUUUGUGAAGUUGUUUUGUUUUUAUCAACAGGAAGUGCUAAAGUCGGUAGACUCUAAAAUCCUACAAAUUCACCAGGCCCUACCGAAAGACACUUUGUUUUUUGUGAUGUUUGGUUGCGGGGAUUUAUCUCUCGUCACAAGGCAAGUUGUUAUUUUAUGCAAUUUUAGAUAUCGUACAUCCUACCUAGCUACUUUAAAAUGGAAUCUUGAGCCAGUUAGUUAUUACAAUGUUUAGACGCCGUUCAAGUUCUUUGGUCGCGCGAUAAUCCUGCUACCAGUUUAAUUGUUUGAUAGGCAUUAGUCAGUUACUAAGUCCAGGAGUGUUUCACUAAGUUUCCCCGACAAAAAUCACCUUUCUUAAACCCUGAGGGUUACUGGAUAGCAGCAAGGUAACGAUAAAGAUCUUUAUUUUACGUCGGAAAUGAACCCGUAAUACUGCACAUUUGACUGACACAGAUGAGGCAGACUUUGCGCUCGUUUUACCUCCUUCUCUCCAUCAGUUCUCCUUUUUACUGGUGUUAAAAGCUACUUUUAAAAAGCUACAAGGAAAAGAGUAAAAGGCGAAACAAGGAUUAAGGUCCCACCUGGAAAUCGAACUCGAAAUCUUCUGCACAGAAGGCCGCGCACGUUUGCUCCAUUAACUAACAACCUACUCAUGGCUUAUAGGGCUUCAUCUAACCUGCGUGCGCGACAGGCGCUUGGAAGUAAUAUAAUAGGCGCAACGGACGGGGUGCGCCUCGUUCUAUCUAGCAUAUAAUUUCCACGCAGGCUAUCUCGAGGGAGGAACGUGUCACGAAGGCCUUAAAGCGUUCACGUUGCGGACGAAAAACUGUUAUCAUCGUAUAAAUCUUUAAUGUUGGUAUCUCUUUUUUUAGACUUCAGAAGGAUCGGAAGUCAAAUAAAGCAGAAUUAAAG